UUGGAGUAAUCUUAUGGGCCAGCUAAAGAUACACAUAUAUAGUGUCACAGUGCACUUACACAUAAGGUACCCAUUGUAGAAGAUUUUAAUCUUGUAGAAUAUGUUAUUAGUCAUCCGUACGACGACGAGCGACGUCUUUACUGUUUAUUGUUAUUAUUAAUCAGCUGCAUUGAAUGCGCAGCUAGAGUUGAGGGAUAACAAGAACGACGUCAACGUAUGAAAAACAAAUUAUCAUCAUCGUAUGUGUUGAGCGACGCCUGAACACUUGAACAGCCGCAGUGAGGUGACAGUUCCAUGCAACACCAAAUCUCCUUGUGUAAAUCUAAAUAAAUAUAGCAUUACUUGGAGCCAAAAGAGAAGCCCUACGGAUACCCACCCUCGUAUACUUAAGUCGAGGAAUCACGUUUGUUACGUGUUUUUUUCAUAGCUUUGGCUGAGUAAAAACGCAGCCAAGAUGAUGAGUUUUCUCUCUGGCUCGCCUUUUGACGCUGACGUCGAAAAAGCGACCAGUGAAAAGAGUACAGCUGAAGAUUGGGGUCUCAUCAUGGAGAUAUGCGACAAGGUCGGUAAUUCACCUCACCAUGCCAGGGACUGUCUUCGUUCCAUCAUGAAGAGAUUAAAUGCCCAGGAUCCGCAUAUUGUGAUAUUGGCUGUGACUUUACUUGAUGCCUGCUCCAGUAAUUGUGGAAAAGUAUUUCACUUGGAAAUUGCAUCAAGAGAUUUUGAAAAUCAGUUUCUGAAGCUCAUAAACAAUAAUCGUAGUCAACCAAAAAUUUAUGAAAAAUUGAAAGGACUUUUAAAAAAGUGGGCUGAAGGUGAUUUUAAGACAGAUCCUCAGCUUAAUCUAAUUCCAAGUCUGUAUCAGAAACUAAAAUCGGAAGGUCAUGACUUUUCUGCACCCACUGAAACACCAAAACAAACUUAUGCAGUGUGUAAGGAUCCAAACGUUGUUACCAGUACUCAAGAAGAAGAAGAGAUAGCCAAAGCUAUUGAAUUAUCACUUCAAGAAAGUACCAAGCAGUCAACUAUUUCCCAUCACAGUUCACCAUCCUCUAAAAAACCACCCAGUCUGUAUCCAAGCGUGAGCUCAGCAUUAGUUACUUCUGCCAACCUGGAAGGCAGGAAAGUUAAGGCGUUGUAUGAUUUCGAAGCCGUGGAGGAUAACGAACUAACAUUUUCUGCAGGAGAAAUAAUUCAUAUUUUGGAUGAUUCUGAUCCAAAUUGGUGGAAAGGCAGUACCCCACGAGGUGAAGGAUUGUUUCCUUCAAACUUUGUCACAGCUGAUUUAACUAUUGAACCAGAACAAUUCACCAAAUUAGAAAGCAACAGCAAAAAAUCAGUUCAGUUUGCUGAAGAAGUGGAAGUAAAAACUAUAAAAAAAGAACCAGAGGUGGUAGAGGUUCAAAUAGAUGAACAAAAAAUGGACAGACUUCUACAUCUAUUGCUUGAAGCUGACCCUCAGUCUGGUGCCACUGAUCCUCAAGAAAUGAUAGACUUAGAAGAACAAGUCAACGCAAUGGGACCACUAAUAGACACAGCUCUAGAAAAAGUAGAUAAGCAGCACUCCAUUCUGACUCAAUUGAGUUCUGAUUUGGUGGAAGCUAUGAACUUGUACCAUACACUGAUGCGAGAACCUGCCAUAUCCAGCUACACUUUACCUAAAAUGCCACCCCAGCAAAUGGUUUAUCCAUUCGGUCACCCUCAAGCUGGUCAUCCGCAGAUGGUACAUCCUGGACUAGCUGGACACCCUCAGGUGAUGCAAGGUGGACAUCUGCAAGGGGGGCACUCUCAACAGGGUCACCCACAAGUCAUCCCUGGACACGUUGGUCAUCCGCAGGCCUCUCAUCCUCAUCCACAGGUGGCACACCAAGUACAGCAUCCGCACCCUGGACAUUCACACCCUCAGCAGGGACUCCCACACAUGCUCAACGGUGUCCAGCCGGUACCUGAUAUGGACAGUUUAAUGAAUAUGUAUCGAGGAGGAUCUGUCCCUGGCUUGAGUGGGCACAACAUGACGUUACCUCAUCAUUUUCAUACACCUGCUGGACUGAAACAAAUACAUCCUGAAGAGCGCCCAGAAACUCAACAAUCCAAUCAAAGCAACAUUCCUUAUAUGCAACAAGGUUUGUUAAUGUAUCGUAACAGAUUAUCAGGACAUAGUGGAACUCCAGUGUCUCACAUGACGCAAGUGCCGUCUGGUCAACAGCUCAGUAAUCAGCCACAACAACAAUUUCCACCACCUAACGGUCAACGCAUAUUAUAAGUACGAGAAGAUAAAUUUUUAAGUUUAUCGCGGACGAUGGAUGAAAACACGGAAAUAAAUCUAUAUUCAGCGAUCGCACGGUAUCCGCUAUACUCUGAAAACGUCGAAAAAAAAUAUAUCUGCUAGCUAAAAAUCUUCGGUCUUUCGUAAUCAAGAUUUGACGCAGUUGAUUUCAUACACAUUACAUGGUGUACGUACAUUUACAUGUACACGUGUAUGGUGAAUUGGUGAUACUGUAAGGGUAUGCGUGAUUCGAUAUAACUAAUUCUGUUGAUUUUUAUAGCGAGAAAAGUUAAGGUAAAAAGAGCAAUCCUCAUGAUAUAACAGUGUACUGAUCCGCCAAUAUUACGUGACGGAGGAAAGAAAACUACCACGAUGCCAGAUUAAUAUACAUAUAUACAUAUUAUUGCAUUCCCAUGUCUUUUUUGAUUCUAGCGAUGAUUAUCCGUUUAUUAAAUUUUUUAGUAAUAUAUUAAAUCAUGUAGUAGUUACUACAUAAUACAUUAUUACAUGAAACAGCUAAAUAACAUUACAAGUGAAGAAUCCAGCCAUCAAUUUGUACUUCAGAAGUAUCAAAUAAAAUAUUUAGUUGAAUUCUGAAACAUAAAUUAGUGACAGGGUAAUCAUGAAAAACUAUAUUAAUUUUUUAUUAUUUAAUAGUUUUUUAAGUUGAAAAAGAUGGACGCCGUUUGGAAGAAAAUUCGAUAUGCAAGUAAUUUAAUAAGCCUUUUCUAGUUUUUAUACCAAUGUAAUGAAAAAAAAAAGAAACAAAUAAAUGCAUCAAAACAAACGAACAAAAAAUUAUACACAGUCCUGUCAGUCCUCCUAAUUUAACUGGCAAUAUUAGCUGUGUAUAAUCUUAUUAAUGUAUUGUAAGCUAACGGGUCUAUAAUACAUUAAAAGUCUAAAUAAUUUCUCAAAAUUUCUCCAGAUAAAACGAAGUAAAAAAAAAAAAAAAAAAAAUCAAUUUAUUUAA